AUGGCAAAGAAUACAAACACCUCCAAAACCAACAACAAAGGAGGUAAUGUAGGAAUCAAAAAGACACCAACUACGAGUAGUAAUACAGCUGCCGCAUCCUCUUCUUCGAUUCUAACGAACAAGAAAAAGAGUGAAAGUGCACCAUCAUUAUCACAGAUGGUUGAAAAGGUUGAUUCUGAAAACAUCGAUCUUACCAUCAUUCAAAAUCAAUACCUCGAUAAACUACAAUCCACCACUGAAAGUGACACUAUCAAUGGUAUGGAUAUCGAUUCAGAAGAUGAUUAUGAUGAUACUCCCGAACAAGGUUAUGAAAAUAGAUAUAAAUACAGAGGAUUUAAUGCAAAGAUUGGAAAGAUUGAUAUAUCAACAUUUAAUAAACGUGUUGGUGAUCGUAUUAUAGAGGUACAAAGUGACAAUGACUCUUACUUUGUGAUGACACUGCAACAGUGGACAGACAAUAACUUGACACUACACUAUAGUAACUUUAGAGACGAUAUCAAUGCCAUCACCUAUAUGACGGCAUUACCACAGGUACUUUUGCACAAGGAUGAAUUGAUUCGCAUCAUUAUCAAGCAUCUCCAAGUACCCAACUCGAUGGCACUCAAAGCUAUUCUCAGUGUGUUGGCUGCAUUGUCGAGAGACCUCAGAAGUGAGUUCUACGAAUCAUUCCUUCCCGUGCUCCAAGUACUCAUCCAACUCUUACAGAUUCAACCCAACUCUGGUAAACCUGUUCUCACCUCUGAAGCAAUCGAAGAGAUAUUCACCUCUAUUUGUUUCAUGUUUAAAUUCUUGGAGAAAUAUAUUCUUAAAGAUUUUAUUACUCUCUACAAAAUAUACUCACAAUUGUUUACACACAAGAAACAUUAUAUUAGAAGGUUUGCAGCUGAAGGGUUAGCAUUCCUUGUUAGAAAGAUUGGUGUGGAGAGUGUUGAACCAUUGUUGGAAGAGAUGUUUAGAUUGGCACAAGACGAUUCAAGUUACUCGUAUGCCGACUCGUUCUCCUAUCUGUUGUUUGGCACUGUCAAGGGUGUCAAGGGUAGAUUCCACUCGCGUACAGAGAUUCUCCUGCCUGUCAUAUUCCGUCUACACGGUGGCCAAGUCACUGUCGAGAUUCCGGUUCAUGAGAAUGAUGCAUCGCCAGAUGGUGGCACAUGGCAGAAACGAGACAGACGCAUUAAACCCAGUGUGGACGUGUCUGCGCAAAGAGGUGGAGCAGCUGGUGCAGAUGGUAAAGGGGGAAAAGAAGCCGAGCCAGGAGCACAGCCAGCACCACUCGAACCAAGUCAACGCAUACUACAAUAUCGUGGGUCAAUGGGUGUCACAUAG